GGUGCUAGUAAGCAUGAGCAACAUUCACAAACACAGCCUCCCAAAUCCUGACAGGAAUUCGAAUCGGAAGUGGCCCAGAGCGGCCAUUUCGCUUCUGUUGUCAACUCUUCUACCCUGUGAAUCGCCUGUGGGAUGCUGAGGAUUUCCAGUGUCCCUCCAGAGCCCCUGGGUCAGGCCACAUCACGGAGACUGCAGGAUCUCCCUACACAGCUCAAGUUGACUCUUCCCAGCAGCUCUGAUUGGAGCCCUCUGAUGCCCACCCAGCUGCAGGCUCCUGGGAAGAGUGGAGUUGUCAGCAAAAGAGACCAAGAAUUGAAGCCCAGAAGGGACAUGCUUGCUGAUGCGAAUUUGCCCCAGAGGCCUCAGGUCUUGGGUUUAGAGCAGGAUGUAUCGUGUGAGGGGUUAGUGUCUUUUGAGGAUGUGACCAUGGACUUCAGCAGGGAGGAGUGGCAGCAACUGGACCCUGCCCAGAGACACCUGUAUCAGGAUGUGAUGCUGGAGAUCUACAGCCACUUUUUCUCCGUGGGGUAUCACAUUCCCAACCCAGAGAUCAUUUUCAGGAUUGAAGAAGGAAAGGAACCAUGGAUGAGGGAGACUGACGUCCCAUGUCAGAGGUAUCACGGAGAUCUCCCUGACCCAGAGGUCAAACCUGCACCUCCUGUGUCUCCUGCAUUGCGCAGCUCAAUUCAGACUAUCCACAGUUCAAGUGCUCAUUAGCCACGUGGCUGGUGGGUACCAUUUUGAACAGCAACACCUUGGACAUCUGUACAUAAUCUACAUGUGCCUGGCAAAAACCUAUAUUCUCACAUCAUUGGAUUUCAUUUCAGUCGCAGAGUGCAAGCUUCUGAGUGGUCAUGUUCAACUUUUCCAUAGCUUUAAUGCUAUUAAUUAAUAAGAUGCAGUAAAA